AAUCAGCGUUCUUUUCUUUUCUCACCUAUGUUGCCAAAGGGCAGAAGAACGGCGGAAGAAGAGCUACGACACACUCCCUCUCUCCGAUCCUUGGUGAACGUCACGGUCUGGUUCGUCCUCCCUCUCUCUGAUAUGCCAUUCUUCUUCUUGUUUCACUGUCUGUAAAUCGUGAAAAACCCAGGUGGGUUGGGGGUUGGGGGAGGGGGAUAAGGAGGGGUGAAAUCGUCCAAUUUUCAGGGGAUUAGGCCGGAUAACUUAUGGACAGCUCGAAACCCCGCCGAACUAAGCAAGGACGGGGAUUAACGAAAACCCCUCGCCAUUUAGGUUCCCAAACCAGGUAUAAGAACUGGGCGCACGUCCUUGUCUGGGGUGAUAAGUUAUCCCCCUUGCCAAUCCGCCAUCCAAACGAGCCCAUAAGUGCUGAAGUCCUCUAAUGAACAUUUUCAAACGGCUAGCACUCACCAAACAUGGGUGUAGAGGGGCCGCCAUCGAAUCUUAUAGAGCAUGCUUUUCUUUAUUUCAUUCCCCUCCACACACAUCCGUGGAAGUUCAUGCGCAAGAAGCGGAAGUAGUAAUCGCUUUAGGAAGCAAUGUGGGGGAUAGACUUCACAAUUUCAACGAAGCAUUGCAGUUGAUGAACAAGUCAGGCAUACACAUCACAAGGCAUGCCUGCUUAUAUGAGACAGAACCUGCUUAUGUGACGGAUCAACCUCUCUUCCUCAACUCUGCCGUUAGAGGCAUUACAAAACUCGGACCUCAUGAACUAUUGGGUGUGCUUAAGAAAAUCGAGAAGGACUUGGGACGUACUGAUGGCAUACGUUAUGGCCCAAGACCAAUUGACUUGGAUAUAUUGUUCUAUGGGAAACUCAAAAUACAAUCCGAGAUUCUUACAGUCCCACAUGAAAGAAUAUGGGAGAGGCCAUUUGUAAUGGCUCCAUUGAUGGAUUUACUAGGAUCAUAUGUGGAUAGUGAUACCAUUGCAUGUUGGCAUGCUUUAUCUAUCCAUUCCGGUGGACUUUUUAAAUCAUGGGAAAAACUUGGCGGUGAAUCCCUCAUAGGGAAAGAUGGAUUAAAACGCGUUUUGCCCAUUGGAAAUCACUUGUGGGACUGGUCACAAAGGACCUCUAUCAUGGGCAUCCUUAAUCUCACCCCAGAUAGUUUCAGCGAUGGAGGGAAGUUUCAGUCCGUUGAAGCUGCAGUUUCUCAGGUCCGUUCAAUGAUAUCAGACGGUGCUGAUAUAAUCGAUCUUGGUGCACAAUCGACGCGGCCAAUGGCAACUAGGGUAUCUGCCGAAGAAGAAUUAGAUAGACUAAUUCCAGUCCUAGAAGCUGUUAUGAAAAUGCCUGAGGUUGAGGGGAAACUUUUAUCCGUGGAUACCUUUUAUUCAGAGGUUGCUUCAGAAGCGGUUGGAAAAGGGGCUCAUAUUGUAAAUGACAUUUCAAGUGGACAAUUAGACUCUAAAAUGCUUAGUGUUGUCGCUGGCCUUAAGGUACCUUACGUUGCCAUGCACAUGAGGGGGGACCCUUCUACGAUGCAGAAUAGUGAGAACUUGAAGUAUGAAAAUGUUUACCAACAAGUUGCAUCUGAGUUGUACUCGCGGGUUAGGGAUGCAGAAUUAUCAGGUGUUCCGGCUUGGAGGAUCAUUAUUGACCCGGGAAUUGGAUUCUCGAAGAAUACUGAAAGUAAUUUGGACCUUCUCAAUGGCUUAUCGAACAUUCGUGCGGAGAUUGAAAAGAGGAGUUUAGGUUUGUCUCAUGCUCCUAUGUUGAUCGGACCUUCUAGGAAGAGAUUUUUAGGUGAUGUUUGUGGUCGGCCUGCUGCAGUUGAUAGAGAUCCGGCGAGUGUUGCUUCUGUUACUGCUGGGGUUCUUUGUGGUGCAAAUAUUGUUAGAGUGCAUAACGUUAGAGAUUGUCUUGAUGCUGUGAAGCUUUGUGAUGCGAUGCUGAAAAGGAGGAGGUCUAUUUGAUGAUAAGAACUAAUACAUCAGAAAAUACCACUUGAUUCUCUUUGUCGGAUUCUCCUUGGAAAAGACUGUCAUAAGUAUUUUAUGGGGUUGCAAGUUGCUUACUGGUGGCAUUUGAGGAACAUUGGAAAAUAAAUAAAUCUAUCGAUUUCUUUAUUUUCUUCCAGUGUGUCCCCUCUAAAUGCAUGGAGAAAAUCAGAGGUUGAAUUUUGAUGAGGAUCACCUGUUAGUUUCUUUGACGAGUAUUUGGCCUUUCCCAUCGACAUGGCUAUUUGUUGGGCUAUUUGGCUUCAUAGAACAGUUCUCAUUUCAUCAAGUGAGCCUUUCUCACCUUGAUACAUGACCUUUUGAUAAAAUUUCCGAAGUACUGGAAAAAAAAAAAAAAAACCAUUGAUGCAUAACCAUUAUCCGUUGGAACCUCUGGGAUUUCAUGUAGCUAAUGAUCUAGACUACGGCAUUCCUGGUGGUGAUUAUUUUGAUGCUAACCUGUUGUAGGCCUCUCCUCUGAUGGUGCAAACUCGAAUCCCUCAGCUUCAGCUUGCAUUGGUGCAAACUUGAAUCUCUCAGCUUCAGCUUGCAUUGUUUGAAAAGCUGAGAAUGCCAUCUCUCUCUAUGCUGCAACUGCCCAUAUGGCCAAAGCAAAGGCUGUGUUUGGAGGCUUUUUCGGCUGGAUGCAUCAACAUAAGUAUAUUCCAGAACUUUUUUAGCUGUCUUGUAUAACUAUUUGCACGAAUACUUGUGAUAGAUUCUGUGUCUGUAACAAUGAUUGGGAUUUGAGGGGUUUGUUUUCA